UUCCAUUCUGUCCAUUGGCUCUCUCUGUUAUUAGAUUGUCAUUAUUGUAUCAUAAAUCUGGGAAAAUUAAAAUAAAGCUCAUUUAGAUCCAAAAAAAUAUCAAUCAUACCCAAUUGAAAUUUAACUUCUCUCUACUCAAAAUUCCCUUUUCAUAAACCCCAAUUUCAUUUGAAACAAUUGAAAAUGGGUAUGGAGCAGAAUAAUCACAGUUUGGAGGAGGAAACUUUGGAGAUUGGAAUGGAGUAUAGAACUGUGUCCGGAGUUGCUGGACCUCUUGUUAUACUCGAAAAAGUUAAGGGACCGAAAUAUCAAGAGAUCGUUAAUAUUCGAUUAGGGGAUGGAACCACACGUCGUGGUCAAGUUCUUGAAGUUGAUGGCGAGAAAGCUGUCGUUCAGGUUUUUGAAGGAACAUCUGGGAUUGACAACAAAUUCACUACAGUCCAAUUUACCGGAGAGGUUCUGAAGACUCCUGUAUCAUUGGAUAUGCUUGGGCGUAUUUUUAAUGGUUCUGGAAAGCCUAUUGAUAAUGGCCCUCCUAUUUUGCCAGAAGCAUAUUUGGACAUCUCUGGGAGUUCUAUUAACCCUAGUGAGAGAACAUAUCCGGAAGAGAUGAUACAGACUGGAAUCUCAACAAUUGAUGUCAUGAAUUCUAUAGCAAGAGGACAGAAGAUCCCUCUGUUUUCUGCUGCUGGUCUUCCCCAUAAUGAAAUAGCUGCACAAAUAUGUCGCCAGGCAGGUCUUGUAAAGAGAUUGGAAAAGUCGGACAAUCUUCUUGAGGAUGGAGAAGAGGACAAUUUUGCCAUUGUAUUUGCAGCUAUGGGUGUAAACAUGGAGACUGCACAAUUUUUUAAACGUGAUUUUGAGGAGAAUGGUUCAAUGGAGAGAGUAACCCUAUUUCUGAACUUGGCAAAUGACCCUACAAUUGAACGUAUUAUUACACCUCGUAUCGCUCUUACUACUGCAGAAUAUUUGGCAUAUGAAUGUGGGAAGCAUGUCCUUGUCAUACUCACGGAUAUGAGUUCUUAUGCUGAUGCUCUUCGUGAGGUGUCUGCUGCUCGAGAGGAAGUACCUGGAAGGCGUGGAUAUCCUGGGUAUAUGUAUACUGAUUUGGCCACUAUAUAUGAGCGUGCUGGACGUAUUGAGGGACGAAAAGGUUCCAUCACCCAAAUUCCAAUUUUAACUAUGCCAAAUGAUGAUAUCACACAUCCCACCCCAGAUCUUACGGGAUAUAUUACAGAGGGACAAAUUUACAUUGAUAGACAGCUCCAGAAUAGACAGAUAUAUCCUCCAAUCAAUGUCCUUCCAUCUCUGUCUCGUCUGAUGAAGAGUGCCAUUGGUGAGGGGAUGACUCGCAGGGACCAUGCUGAUGUGUCGAACCAGCUAUAUGCAAAUUAUGCAAUUGGGAAGGAUGUUCAGGCAAUGAAAGCUGUUGUUGGAGAAGAAGCUCUUUCUUCUGAAGACUUGCUAUAUUUAGAGUUCCUGGACAAAUUCGAGAGGAAGUUUGUUGCUCAAGGAGCUUAUGACACUCGCAACAUCUUUCAGUCGCUUGAUUUAGCCUGGACCUUGCUCCGUAUCUUUCCUCGAGAGUUACUCCACCGUAUCCCAGCAAAGACUCUGGACCAGUACUACAGCCGCGAUUCAGCUAAUUGAGAAAUGAGUUUAUGAAGGAUUGCUUAAAUUAUUUGGAUGAGCUGUGAUUUGUUGAUUUUGCCGCAACUCUCCUAAAUUAUGCAGAAGAAUAAAGGCGGUUUUCCAUUUGGGUUCAUCGUCAGAUGUUCCUUUAUAUUCUUUCCAGUGAGGAGUGAUUUCUUUCAUCUUGUAAUCUAUUUAUUAGUUGGUGAUAUUCAAAUGGAGGCUGCUUUACAUUUGAAGGUAUUCUUGUCAUUCUUGUUUUAUUUGUGAUUCCUCUUACCUUCUUGUAAUGAGACCAAGGAUUCUUAUAUUUUUGAGGGAAUUGAAUUCUAUUUAAAUUUAUACACAUAUUUAUUCACUCA